ACGACCUCGCAUCUCGUCUGGUUCGUACCCUUUUUCCGAAAGAAGCAUCGCAACCACGCUUCUCCGCAUCGCAUCUGGUGUUUCGUUUCGUAUUUCCGACUCGUCGCAAGUUCAAACAUCUCCGCGAUUCUAUUUAUCCGUUCGAGCAUCUGUUUUCGUCUCUGCCAGUGUCGAACGCCUCGUAGCGAAGAACUAUCGAACUUCAUCCUUCUUCGUCCGCCUCUCUCCCAUAGUCACGAGACAAAGGGCCCCGGGCAACAGUGUGAAAGUGGAACGUAAUCUCGGACAGUGCAACGCAGUUCGUUUCGGUCGUAGUGUCGUACAAUUUACGGAGAUUUCGGCAUGGCGAAUGGGUGACGACCACGAGACUCGUGAUUCGCCGUGGGUUCACGCUGUUUUUCGGCAACGGGGGAACCAUGUGAGGUUACGACCAUGAGGUGUGGCGGUCAGAGCGGUGUCUGGACAGCAAGCGUGAUCAUACUGUCAAUCGGAAGCUGGGUUGGCAAAGUUGGCCCACGACCAGCCGAUGGCGAGACUGCACACCUGACAUCGCCCAGGGAAAGGUUGGAGACCGUGCGACAGGUUCUUUCCGAGGUGCCUUUGAUCGACGGCCACAAUGACCUGCCCUGGAACAUUAGAAACUUCGUUCACAACCAGCUGGCCGAGUUCGAUUUCGACAAGGAUCUACGAGAGGUCGCGCCUUGGAGCAAGAGCGCCUGGAGCCAAACGGAUCUGGUUAGGCUUCGUCAAGGCAUGGUCGGUGGUCAGUUUUGGGCUGCUUACGUGCCGUGCGAGUCGCAGUAUCUCAACGCGGUCCAGCUGACUCUGGAGCAGGUGGACCUCAUUAAGAGGCUCAUAGAGAAGUACUCGCAACGCAUGCAGUUCGCUGCGUCUUCAAGGGAGAUUCUGGAGGCCCAUGGAAGUGGCAGAAUAGCAUCACUGAUCGGGGUGGAAGGUGGACAUAGCCUAGGAAGUAGUUUAGCCGUGUUAAGAACACUGUAUCAAUUGGGUGUACGAUAUCUCACACUCACGCACACUUGCAAUACACCAUGGGCGAAGAGUUCGUCGGUAGAGGACGAGGAUGAGGAUGGAGGCGGUCUAACGGCAUUCGGGAAAGCAGUAGUCCAAGAAAUGAACAGACUGGGAAUGUUGAUAGACCUUAGUCACACAGCAAGGGCCACCAUGAGGGACGCUUUAAGGGCCAGCAGAGCACCCCUCAUUUUUUCUCACUCCUCGGCCUUCGCCAUUUGUAAUUCCUCGAGGAACGUUCCCGACGACAUUCUGAAGCAGCUGGCUGCUAAUGGUGGACUGGUUAUGGUGACAUUUUAUAAUUACUUCGUGAAAUGUGGCUCUCAAGCGACCGUCUCCGACGUCGCAGAGCAUAUAUACUACAUUAGAAGUCUAAUUGGCGUGGACCAUAUUGGUGUCGGUGGCGACUUUGACGGUAUUAACAAAACACCCAAAGGACUCGAGGAUGUUUCAAAGUAUCCAGAACUAUUCGCCGAACUUCUUCGAAGUGGGAAAUGGAACGUACUUGACUUAAAAAAAGUCGCCGGGCUGAACUUGCUAAGGGUCCUGCGGCAGGUGGAACGAGUUAGGGACGAUAUGAGAACCGCCGGAAUGACACCAUCCGAAGAAUACCUGCAAGAUUCUCCCGACACAACUGGCAGUUGUGCACUCGAUAUCAACUCCGUACAGAGAGUCAUGGAAGUUUGAUUGUUCUAUCAAUGUCCUCUGUUUCUCGAUGGUGUGUAAAUUACUUCUCCACGGGCACCUUGCCGUCCUAUACUCGACAAAAUGGACAGAAUCGUGUCGAAGUCGAGGAAAUUCUAACAGAACGAGCGAUUCAAGAAGAGAGGACUUCUCAUUGCUUGAUUCUUGCCCGCCUACAA